GAAACGGUAGUGUUCGACGCGCAGUCGAAGGAGGCUUGUCGAAGCGAGCAGUCAGAUCGCACGGUGCAUCGCGCGACGUUCGUGAAUUAAACAAUAUAAUGUGAACAGUGCUAAAUCAGUAUAAUAUGGUGCAUAAUAAUCGAACUGUAAUCGGGCUCGUAAACACGCGCGGUAAUGUGAACAAAAAGUAAAAGGGCGAGAAUUAAAAAAGUGCAGUGACUCGACGUUUGAUUGGUGGUGCACACAGAGCGGGGACCUUCGCGUACACGUACAUAUGCUGCAAUAAUUUUUUUUUCAUUCAAACCAAAAUCAAGUGGUCGACAAGGUAACCAAGGUAAUGACAGACUGACAGUAUAAUCAUCGAAUCAAGUUGCGAUCACAGAUUGAAGAAAAUGGAUCACCAACAAUCAGGACGAAAGCAAACGAUGAAUUUGUCAGAAAUGGCGAUAGCCAACGAUAUGUUCGAUCAAUUCUGCAACGCGACCACUUUAAAGUCUAUAUUGGGACACUUCAGGGACCUCUGUGAAAUAUUGAAAAUCAGGCCAAACACGAUCACUCAAUUCUACCCGAAAUUGAAAGCGAAGCUACGAUCUUGGAAAGCGCAAGCUCUGUGGAAGAAGUUCGAUCAGAGGGCCAAUCACAAGUGCUAUAAUCGAGGGAAAGCAUGUCCCAAUACGAGGGUGUUGAUCAUCGGAGGAGGUCCCUGCGGUCUCCGUUCAGCGAUAGAAGCGCAACUAUUGGGAGCGAAAGUCGUCGUAGUCGAGAAACGGGAUCGAAUGUCCAGAAACAACGUUCUUCACCUUUGGCCCUUCGUUAUUCAAGACCUACGCGGCUUGGGAGCGAAGAAAUUCUUCGGGAAGUUUUGCGCCGGGUCCAUCGAUCACAUCAGCAUCCGACAGCUUCAGUGUAUCUUGCUUAAAGUCGCUUUGAUCCUCGGUGUUGAGUUCCACGAGAGCGUAAGCUUCGAUUCUUUGAUACCGCCACCGGAGAACCAGGAAGAAGGCAAAAUUGGUUGGAGAGCAAAAACUACACCGUCUGAUCAUCCAGUUUCUCAGUACGAAUUCGACGUAUUAAUCGGUGCAGACGGUAAAAGAAACACUCUGGAAGGUUUCAAGCGCAAGGAAUUUCGAGGUAAACUGGCUAUCGCCAUAACAGCGAAUUUCAUAAAUAAGCGAACUGAGGCAGAGGCACGGGUAGAAGAAAUCAGUGGAGUGGCCUUUAUCUUCAAUCAGAAGUUCUUCAAAGAAUUGUACCAAGAGACUGGUAUAGAUCUAGAAAAUAUUGUAUAUUAUAAGGACGAUACUCAUUAUUUUGUUAUGACUGCCAAAAAGCACAGUCUCAUUGACAAAGGAGUAAUUCUGCAGGAUCAUGCAGACACGGCAAAAUUGUUGGCAAAAGAGAAUGUAGAUCGUGAGGCAUUGAUGCAUUAUGCUCGAGAGGCGGCCGAAUUCUCCACCGAAUACCAAAUGAUGGAUAUGGAAUUCGCAGUGAAUCAUUAUGGACAGCCAGACGUAGCUAUGUUCGAUUUUACGUCUAUGUACGCGGCAGAGAAUGCUAGCCGAGUUUUGGAACGACGUGGCCACAGAUUACUUAUGAUCCUCGUUGGCGACAGUUUACUAGAGCCAUUUUGGCCAACGGGAUCCGGUUGUGCGAGGGGAUUCCUGAGCUCUUUGGAUGCUUGUUGGGCGAUUAAAGGAUGGGGUGCCUCUGUGUCGCCGUUAGAAGUGAUUGCAGAACGAGAAUCCAUCUAUAGGUUACUUGGACAAACCACCCCCGAAAACCUCAAUAGAGAUUAUGCAGCAUACACGUUAGAUCCUCACACGAGGUAUCAUGAACUACUUUGGUAUCCCAAUUUAAACGUAUCUUCUGUAUCGCCAAUACAAGUACGAAGUCUGCUGGAUACAGACGACCCGGAUAGCAUUAAACAGCCUCCUGUGCAAUCCGACAUCGACAUACCUAAGAAACGACGUCGCCGUGAUCUCCGUGGAGAUUCGCAAGUGCAUCCGGACACACUGCUUCGCUGGCUGCAGAAACAAGUCGCGCUUUACGACUCGGUUCAGAUAGAAGAUAUGGGUGCCUCCUUCAAGAGUGGUCUGGCUAUUUGUGCAAUCAUUCACAGAUACUGUCCAGAUUUAAUAGACUUUCACAGUUUAAACCCGAACGACCCGGUAACGAACAACCAGUUGGCCUUUGAUAUUUUGGAGAAAGAAUUGGGCAUACCUCCAAUAAUGACAGGAGAGGAAAUGGCUCAAUGCGACGUCCCCGAUAAACUCGCCAUGUUUUCCUACCUCACACAGAUAUACGAAGUUUUCCGCGGUGAAAUCCCGUAUAUAAAACAUCCGAAAUUAGAACCCGAAAACGAAGAAAGACCAACGCAUAGUAAGCAAUUGAGCCAUUUAACACCUGACCAAAAGGUCCAGUUACUUGACCGUAUCGUCAGGCAAGAUAGCGCAACGAGAACGAGACACUCACGAUCGCGACAUAACGAAAAUAUGAACCCCGCGGAUAAGAAGGGAGACACAAUUAGCCGGCGUUCUCGAAAAAGACGAAGCACGGAGAAGAUGGGCGCGACAGUGGAGGAAAGACAGAAGAGACUCGCGGACAUAGAGAAAAAUCGUGCUGAACGUAUGAGAAGGCGGCAAUAUUUGCGACACAUGGCGACGCAGCAAUUCUACAAAAGUAUGCAGAUGCUGCAAGCAAAUGCAAAACGCGAGAAAGACGAGCCAUUCGAAGAUUAUUCGAUAUUCUUGUACCGGCAGACAGCACCGGAUUUCAAGGAUAGAGUGAAAUACCUAGAACAGAAAAUAUUGUACCCAGAUAGAGAACCCAAGAUACAUGCUGGUCAUCGUAGGAACAGUAUAGAUGAAGAAUUCUCUGGUAGAAUAAAGAAUAUUGAGGACAAGUUGAAGGGAUCCACUCCAUCUGAAAAGAAGCCUAGAGAUCUUCUACGUGCCAUUGGUAAAAUUGAGAAGACUGACUGGAACGUGAAAGAAAUUGAGAAGAAAAUCGAAGAGAAUAAAAUGGGUCGAUCGGUUCGACACGAAAAAGUGGAACGAGUGCCGAAGUGGAGUCGAGAACAGACGUCUAUAUGCUUCAUUCAGUUUUUAGCUCGACAAAUCAAGAUGGAGAAGAAGGGACGGGAUCAGAAGGAGUCAGAUAGUAAGUACGCUGAUAUUGACACUACCCUGAAGAAUAUUGACAGGAAGAUCAAAGAGGGUAAUGUGCUCGGGCACAAUAAAGUCUCGGCUAUGGCCGAGCAGUUUUCGAAUAAAAGUCAGGACGCGGAGCCCAAGGUGCAGAAAUCGAACAUUAAACCUACGAUAUCGUUGCCCGCGCAAGGUGGUUCAGAGAUGUGUCAUUUCUGCAACAAGAGGGUUUAUUUGAUGGAGAGACUUAGCGCUGAAGGGAAAUUUUUCCACCGCGGCUGUUUCCGUUGUGAAUAUUGUUCUACCUCAUUAAGAAUAGGAAAUCAUACGUUUGACCGGGAGAAAAAUGGAGGACGAUUCUACUGUACGCAACACUUUGGUUUCUCAGGAACGUUGAAAGCUCGCGCUGAGAAGAAGAGAAUUGCAUCAGUGAACAAAGAAAACAUACCUAAUUCACCUGUAAAUAUAAAAACAUCCGAAAAGACGAAACCUCUGGAAGGUGUAGUCGGUCUGGACUUGCUCGAUCGCGGUCAAACACCGGAAAGAAUAGAAUUCGAAAACCUAGCAGAAAUAUCAGAUGCUGAAGAACCACAGAGUCAGAUGGAUGAAGAUGAAUGGACGGAUAGAAAUUUCGGUGCUUCCACGGCAGAAAUGGGUUCCAGUGAUGAUAUCUCAGACAUGAGUGAUUCGGAUGAAGACAAUGAAGUGUUUGAAGAAGCAAUAGAUCAACCAUUGACGACUGAAGGUACUCUUGAACUUGCUAAAAAUUGGACGCUACGAUAUUCUCAUCCACAUGCUACGAUGGGACAGUCUGAUACUGGGAGCAACGAGUAUGAAGAUUCUAGUGAUGAAUAUACUAAUGAAGACGAUGAAAGUACAACUGCCACAGAAGACGAAGACGACAUACGUGCUCGGGAGUUGAGAAAGCAAGAAGUCUGGCUGAAGAAUCCUACGCGCAGUUCUGACACGGACACCGGUUCGGAAACGGAGGUUGCUUCAAACGAAGGUACAUCGGAGGAGAGUGAGGAGAACUCAGCUACAGAAAUAUCAACUGAUUCUGAAUUCGAACACGAUGGUGCAACUCCAACGCAGCACGAGAUCCCAGAAAUCACGAUCAACGAUUCCUACGUUCGAAAAACUAGAGGAAAUUACGUAGAGCCCAAAAAGGUUCAAGUCAAGAGCAAAGUAAUAUCAUCGGUCAAUGGUAACCUGAAGCAGGACAAGGAUUCUGAUGAGAAGACGCAAUUAAAAGCGGAUAAUAGAAACCCUUCUCAUCCAGAGAAAGAAAGUAAUAUGAAUCAACAGGAAACCAACAAUACAAAUAGAGUUCCUUUAAUAAAUCCACGUAAAGGAGAUUAUCUAUUGAAUCGCACUCAUUCAACGGAAGGUAUCGCGUCCAAGUUAUCUUUAGAAUUGAAGAAGAAGUAUUUGUUUGGUGGCACAGCUUUUGGUGGCUCUGUUAUGAAAUCAGGCUCAGCCUCAAACGUGGACACUCAACUGAGAAACCUGACAGACGCUAUUUCUCAACAUCAAAAACUCCUGAACCCUGCACCAGAACCAAGCCCUACGAUGCAAGCAUUUUUACAAGGAACGAGUAAACUGCGAUCGAACAACGCUCAACUAUCCCCCAUAUCACCCACAGCUAUAUUCACUGCUUCUCCUAUACGAUCCUAUACCGGCAAUCGUUCCCAGAAUUUACUGAAUAACGAUAACCCAAUGUACAAAGCCACGAUUUUGCCUGAAAUAUCGAAAACCCAUUUGCCAGAUUUAGUCAAAGAAUCGAGCAUUCUGAAAUCGAAGACUGCCCCUAACAUUGUCUGCGGUGAAUCGAAAAGCACGGCAAACAAGGAACUAACAAAAGAACAAGUAUCUUCUAGUCAAACGACCACGGUGGUCAACAAUUCACAAGCAUUGGAGAACGCGAAGAAUUCUCAAAAUACAGACAUCAACUUCACUGCGAAUGAUGAAAAUAACGGGUUCCGACCACGAAGUCCUUUGCACGAGACCUCCAUCAUCGUACCUCAAGUUGAUUGGAGCAAAAACAAGGAGGAAGCGAAAGAAGCGAUUAGCACCGAAGACUCAGAGAUAGAUAGCGAUUCCUUGUCUUCCAGCGACGGUGAAGCUGAAGGUGCGCAGAAUGAACAGUUGGUUGCCGUGAAUUUGUCUCCGCCACGAUUACAGAUUCACAGCACGGAUGGAGAUCUGCUAUUGGACGAACAAGUUGAUAGGUAUAAGGACUUUGAUGAUGGUCAGUCAUUCGAGCCAGAUUCCAUAGAGUGUUCAUUUUUGCGAGACAAAGAAACAAAUAAUAAAACGGAACCUACACCUACCAAGCCAGAGAGCGGUGUGAACAAAACAUCCAUGGAACUGGAAAUAGUGAAGAACGAGAUAGAGCAGUUGGAAUUGCAGGACGACAACAAAAAGAAUAUCAGUAACUGCAGCACUCCAACGUCCGUGGCUUCUACCAUAUCGAAUAAGCAGGAUGAUUCUGAAGAAAACGAUGUGACCACGGCUGCUCUUACUGAAACCGAAUUCUCGGAGUGGGCUCGCGAUGGAGAGGUGCUUGUCUCGGACGACCUGCGAGACGUUGAGUUCAACAUUAAUCCAGAAUUCAUAACUACGAGAAGAAACCUUCCAUUAUCAGACAAUUCGAGGACAAGGAACGCACUUAUCACCAUAGCCAAAGAGGAAGAUUUGACAGACAUGGAGCUAGAUACUUCGAAGUACAACCAGCUGGACAUUCCGAUUAAUGACACCUCGAAGCUUCUAGCUAACGGUGAGGAUAUUGAUUUUAUGGACACGGACAACGAUUCGUUAUUAGAUGACAGUCUGCAAGACGCUUCCAACAUGGUUAUGCUUAAAAACAGAGGGUACGUAGAGUUCGUGAAUAUCAAGAGCGACCCAACGUCCUCGAGUUCGCAGGAGAAAUUGAUCGCUGAUGCUCCGAUAGCAAAAUUAGAAGUAGAGAACGAUUCGUGUUCAGAAGAAGAAGCUUAUAAUGACAGAAACGUGAUAGAAAUAAAUCCUGUUACUAUGGAUGAUGUUAUGAACAAAUUAAAUGGUACACUAACUAAAACAGAGAAUGAAAUUGAGGAGAAGGCAGAUACAAAAUUGGAUUCUGCUCAACAAGAUCAGCCUAUCGUGGAAGCUGUGAACAAGGAACUGUUCCAGUCAAUGGAGGAGGAUAGUUUGCUGAUCGUUGAACCAGCAGAAGAUACCACUACGAGCGAAGUGAUCACAAUUCUCGCUAGUCCCGUGAAUCCACAGGUUUCCAUAGUUCCACCUCAAACUCAGGAGGCGAGUCAGGAAGAAGAACCAAAAGCGACGGCUGAUUCAAGCAAUGCGGAUUAUUCGGAGUACGUUAAACGGUUGCAGUCUAGAAUUGCCGAAUUUAGUAAUGCCAAAGACUCCAUCGACGUCAGGAAAUCAAAAAGAAAGAAUUCAAAGAGUUCUAUACAAACGCGCACUGCCGAAAUGAUAGCGGAAGAGAUCAAGAGUCAGGAUGCCGUCAUAAACAACAGCUUUAAUUCUCCAGCUACCUCAAGGAAAUUGGAAGAAAUAACGAGAGAAAGGUCUAAACAGAAGAACGUUAUACAAGACUUGUUGAUGGACAAAGUGGAAGCUCACAAACAGAAAUCCGCAGAGAAGAAAGCAAGAAGAGCCGCUAGAGCAUCUUCCUUUACCUCUACGCCUGUUUUAUCUCCAAUAAGACCACCUGUUUCUAGUGCCUCACCAAUUAACAAAUUUACACCUACGUCCAUAGCAACGCCUGAGAACAGUCCACUGCGAACCACUUUUGCAGAGGCCAAGAAGAGUCUGGAAACUGAGGCACCAAGAGAGGUCCCUUGGAAAUCGGGAAAGGAAAAGGAGGCAAAUGAUGAAAACAAAAAUGAAAUUCAAUCUGUUGAAAAUCUGAAUGAGACACAUAAUGAAGUAGAAAGCAAUUUUAAAACACCAGUUGCUCCACCAAGAUUGAAGCAUGAUGAAGUGAAGAGGACAGCAGAAAAGGCUAGGCAGGAUGCUAGGGAAAGAGCCAGAUUAAAAAGUGACGAGGACCUGGGUCUCAGUCCAGAAGAUAGGAUCAAAGAAUUGAGGAUGAAAGUGGCUCGAAGGCAGCUAUCGAUGGAAGACAGAAAAAAUAAAGAGGACCCUGAACCCCGUAUAAGACUUUACAGCUCUGGAGAAAAUAAGACUGGAUUAAAAUUGCAAACAAGCAAAAGUACAGACAACAUGAAGGCUGUAGCAGAAGCAAUAAACUUUAGUGGCCUUUCUGCUGCCAAUACCAAGUCGAUGGAUGAACUUCUACAUACCAAUAGUUCUCCAAAAUCUGCUAACGCUGUCACUGUUGUGAAAAGAGAGAAGAAACAAAAAACAAAGGAUCCAGAAAGAAGGAAAAGCAUUAUUCAAGCAGUUUCGGACUUCUUCUUUAAGAAGGAAUCUUCUCCUUCACCGUCCAAUCAGAAAGAUAAAUUAUCUAUGUUCCGUCUGACAUCGAAAUCGAAAGGCAAAUUGUAUAAAUCGUAUUCGGAAGGGUCAGAUCUUGAUAAAAUUGUAUCACCAAAGACUAAUACAAGACCAAAAAGUGUCUGCGAGGGUAUGCUCACAAGAAACUUCCUGAAUGAAAAUCCGCCUCCAAUUCCACCACCACCCCUUAAUUAUACUAUUCCUACUACGCAUGUAUCAGAUGAUAGCUUAUCAGAAGAUGAUACGAAAACAACGGCAGUGUCAACAUCAUGCAUUCAUAAAGCUACAGUAACCGAGGGUUCAUGUAACAGUAUUUCUCGUAAAACAAAAACCACAAAACGAAUAGCUAGGCAAGCACAGUUAAAAAGAUUGCGUAUGGCCCAAGAAAUACAAAGAAAAUUAGAAGAAACGGAAGUUAAACAGAGAGAAUUAGAGAGCAGAGGUGUUAGCGUUGAAAAGGCUCUUCGUGGAGAAGGCGAAUGCUCCGAUCGAGAAGAAGCAGAUUUGCUUAGAGAAUGGUUUGAUCUUAUGAAAGAACGCACAGAACUGCGUAGGUAUGAAAAAGAACUUCUAGUAAGAGCUCAAGAAGUCCAGCUUGAAGAUCGCCAUGAGAGAUUGCAGCAGGAAUUGCGAGAACGCUUGGCUGAUGAUGAUAACAAGAAAACUAGUGAUGACGUGAAAAAGGAAGGAGAAAUUUUAACAGAAAUGUUGGAAAUAGUCGCGAAGCGAGAUUCACUCAUUGCCCUUUUAGAAGAAGAGCGACAAAGGUGGUGUAAAUCUACAUGCCAAACAUUAACUUCUUUUCCUACAUAUACAGUUGCCUGCUCCUCGCACGUACCUAAUUUUUUUUCUCAUAAUUUGAACAACUCAUCUUUUGUGUUCACCCUGACAGUCAUUUUAAUCGCGUAUGUGUUUUUUACUAACUUAAUUGAGUUAUUUGUUAACUUUUACAAAGAGCAUCUAACACUUUUCAAAUCGUGAUAUUUUUUUUAUUUUCAUAAUUAUUUCAUAGGCAAUAUUAAAGAAGCGCUUAAUUUUUAUAGCAUUGUUAUUUAAUUAUUUUAAAUAUGAUUAUACACACAUAUCAACGAAUCCAAUUUAAAAUUUUUUUAUUACAGUUCAGUAAAUUUUGUUGGCUAUUUUUUUGUUAUGGUAGCAAAUUUAUCUUGUUACAGCUACCAAAAUAAUAGUGCAUGCUACAUGAAAGCAUGUCAUAUGAAAAUUAUAUUUUACAAUCAUUUUACAUUUUUAAAAUUUUUGUCGCAAUCUAAUUGUGCAUGUUAUUUGUGUAUACACAAUCUUUUUUGUUACAUUCAAAGCAUUUUUUGCAUUGUGAUAAAAUGAUGUAUUAUAUACAUAGCUAUAUUGUAGCACUGUUGUAAGAAUGAAAAUAUUUUU